AUGUUGUUAUGGUCACACAACUCUGACGAUGGGCGACACCGAUCAACUGGAUAAUCCAAUUGUUUUGGAUAUUGCCGCCUAUACGUUGACUGAGUAUGUUGCAGCCAAGACACUGGAAAGCAAUCUUGAAGUGGUCUUUACCGAUGCAAAACAGUCUAAGCCAUGUGCUCAACCAGACUACGAUGAGAAGUUAAAGUUUCCAUUCGUACGUGAUAAUUACAAACCCACAGCUGUGCACAUAAUCGAUGCCCAAGAACUCGUGUCCGCCGAUGCAGCUACAGAAACCAAACGUGUAGUGGAGUUAACACUAGACUUGACACCGCUGGCUGAGCUGAACUACGAUCCCGGUGAUACACUGGCCGUGUUGCCCUGCAAUAAUUCCAAUGUGGUAGCGAAGCUACUGCAGCGCCUCAACUUGACUGAGCAAGCGGACAUCACUUGUUAUGUUCGAUUAGUUCCCAACUGUACCAAGAAGACUGCUAAAGUGCCCGUUUAUGUACCAACAUCAGCGACUCCUCGUGAGAUCUUCACCUUCUAUCUUAAUCUCCAUGGAGUGCCGCAGAAGCAGUUCCUCAGUGCGUUGGCCAAUUGUACCAGCGAUGUCAAGGAACGUGCUUUUCUGAACAGUCUUUCCGCCAAACAAGGCGUCGCUCAUUACCAAUCUCUAAUUUUGGAGCGCGGCCUAUGCUUGAUGCAGCUGCUCGACAUUUGCGGGAGCUGCAUGCCAACACUAGCGUUGCUAGUGGAGCAUUUGCCGCGCCUGCUGCCACGUCCUUAUUCUAUAGCCAACAGUCCUCUCGAAUACACAAAGCAACUGAGGAUCAUUUACUCAAUUCUUGACAAGAAACCUGGUGUAACAACUAGCAUGCUGGACGUAAAACUGUCUCUAGUCAAAGAGCAGCAAGUGGCCAAUUUGUUUGUGUAUCCACGCACACAGAACAGCUUUCGAUUCACAGCUGCCGAGCUACCAGGCAAUCAAAUUCUAAUAGCAGUUGGCACAGCGCUUGCUCCAUUCCUUGGAUUUUUGGCUCACAAGGAGCUUAGUGAGUCAAAGAGCACUGGACAAACUUGGCUUUAUGUGGGAGCUAAAACACCGCAAGCUGUUCUAAAGCAACAGCAACUAAGCCACUGGGAAGCAACUUCAGUGUUGCAACGUUUACGCGUUUGUUAUUCUCGAACUUCAACGGGCGAUGAACCAAAAUAUGUACAGGACUUGCUCGAAAAAGAUGCAGCGGAACUUGUUGAUCUGCUACAGCAACCAUCGACCGUGAUGUACAUUUGUGCGGAUGGCGCGAAAAUAUCCAAGUCCAUCGAGGAGACUGUGAGAGGCUGUCUGCAACGUGUCCUGCAACUGGAUGAGAGGGCGGCGUUGGAAAAGAUAAAGGAGCUGCGUUCGCUGGGCAAAUAUCGCGAAGAUAUUUGGCUAUAGACACUGACAAAUUGCUUACCAUAUUGUAGAUAAACAUAUUUUUUACGUUGU